AUGGACGUCGCAAUUCCUCGCGGCGCUCGUAAGGCAGAUCUUGUGAAGCUUGUAGCUGCCGAGGCAGACAAACGGGCCAAGCCUGUGGAAAAAACCGGUGGAGAUGAUAAAAAGGAGACUGUGGAUGAAAAACCUACUGCUGAGCCAGAGAAUAGUAAACCGGAUGAGUCUGAGAAGUCCGAGAAGUCUGUCGAUCUGGAGUCCAAAGCCUCUACUUUGAAAAAGAUCCCACCACCAAAGGUGACCAAGCCCAGACCGAAGAUCCCAAAGCCCAAGAGAAUACCACUUAAUCCGCCCUCAAAGCCGCAAUCGCCACCAAAGCCAAAAUUGAAGGAUCUGCUCGAACAGACGGUUCCUCAAAAAAGAAGUUUGGAAAACGAGUCUGACGACGCAAACUCAACAACCGUCCACAAGGAAUAUUCGCAGAUCCUCAAGAAACAGACGAAUCACAAACGCGUUUUCUCGUCGUCCGCACCAACAACACCUAAUAAUUCGGUGAUUGAGUCACCAAAGAAGUCGACUUUGAAGCUGGAGUCUAGUCCCCAGCAAGAGAUCAAGGCCGAAACGCCUGAAGCUUCCAGAAAAUCGUCUAGGAAGAACACUCCGAAGAAACCUGUGAAUAGUUCUCCAAAGAGCCCUGCUCAGAAGGAGGUUUUCAAACACCCGGCCGAUGACACCUCGUUUGUCAUCCCCACCCUUCCUUCUUCAACACCAAUGGCUCCCAAAUCUCCUCAGAAACACCACCAGUCUCUCAAUGUGUCUAAUUUUGCAGCCCAGUUGGAGAAGCUGUCUGGACCAACAAAACAAAUUUCUCCUGAUAAGUUAUCGUCUCCGCCCCCAAAGUCUCCCGACACCACAGACGACGAUGCCAUGCUGACACAACUUCAACAUGAAAUCGAUAUAACCCAGGAACAAAUAGAAGUGCAGUCGAAACAGGCACUCAAAGCAAUUGAAGCCCCUCCACCUUCCAAUCUCGCCUACAGGCUGGGACUCGUAUGGUUCUUGACAUUGAGUCUCAUGUACGCAUUCACCUGCUACCGCGAACAGCGAAUAAGAACAGGGUUUUGCGGGUUCGAGGUGUACCGGCCAUUAUUCAAUUACGACCGCAGAUCAUAUUCUGGACUCACUCCGUAUCUGGACUCCAUCGAGAACCUUCUAAGUUUGAAUUGUGUUCCAUGUCCUGAACACGGACAAUGUUUCCCAUACUCCAAGUUAUUCUGUGACGCCGACUACACUGUGCACAAACCAAUUAAAUCCCUGUUUGGUCUUCUCCCCACGUUCCAAACGUGUGUUUUGGACUCUGCCAAAGUAAAAAAGAUUGACAAGAUGGUGAAACUGUCCACAGAUCUGCUCAAUAGACGCAAUGCUGAGUACAAAUGUGGUCGUGGAGAAGAUCAGGAUGUUGGACUCACUCUACCGCAUUUGCAAAACUACCUCAUUGAAAGACUGGAUAUCAAGGACGACGGAUUCGAUUAUCUCUGGGAAAAGACUUUGAACGUGCUGGAAAACCGUCCAGAGCUUGUUAUUACCAACGACUUCAUCCGGUCCAACUCUUUGUCCAAACUUUCAAUCAAAUGCCGUCUAAUAAGGAUGUUUAUGGACGUGUUUAUUCGGUUCAGAUGGCACUUGUUAGGAUUGGUGUUCAUUGCAGCCACGUUCAAAUAUAUCAGCAUUCGGUUCACGCGAUACCGCACAGAAAGAAAGCUUGUCAACGAGCUGACUACCAAAGUGAUCGAGAAACUGCACAAACAAGCAGAGUUGCACCGUCUGGGCAAAUCGUCGUUGGCAUAUAUUGGGAAGAUCCAGCUACGCGAUUACUACCUCAUCGAUGCGUCUUUAAGUGCAAAACAGAAAACUAAAGUUUGGGACCGCGUCAGCAAGCUUGUUGAGACCAACACAAACGUGAAAACAUACAUGACCGAGGUUCGCGGCGAGAUGUUCAAAGUUUGGGAAUGGAUAGCCACCAUCUGA